GUGAGUUCUGGACCAGCCUGAGCUGUAGAGUGAGACUGUCUUGAGCCAGAAUAAGGAAGGAAGGGAGGGCCGCCUCUGACCUGCAGGCUGUGAGCAUUGCAAAGGUGCCUGAUUGGGCCCAGAAAUGGGAUGCCAAGCCUUCCCGAGGAGCGCCUCUUUGAGCUGCUGCUGUGACAGCAAGUGACUAAGCUGCCAGAGGAUGUCCACUACUACAGCGGCUGCCCCCACGGGGAUCCCGGCAGUCCCGGGCCCCGUGAACCCUCCCCCACCUGAGGUCUCCAACCCCAGCAAGCCCGGCCGAAAGACUAACCAGCUGCAGUACAUGCAGAACGUAGUGGUGAAGACACUCUGGAAACAUCAGUUUGCCUGGCCUUUCUACCAGCCUGUGGAUGCAAUCAAGCUGAACCUGCCUGAUUAUCAUAAAAUAAUAAAAAACCCAAUGGACAUGGGGACUAUCAAGAAGAGACUAGAAAAUAAUUAUUAUUGGAGUGCCAGUGAGUGUAUGCAGGACUUCAACACCAUGUUUACAAACUGUUAUAUUUAUAAUAAGCCCACAGAUGACAUAGUGCUAAUGGCCCAGGCCUUAGAGAAAAUCUUUCUGCAGAAAGUGGCCCAGAUGCCUCAGGAGGAAGUUGAACUAUUGCCCCCUGCUCCAAAGGGCAAAGGCCGGAAGCCAGCUGCAGGAGCCCAGAAUGCAGGUGCACAACAAAUGGGAGCUGUGUCCUCGGUCUCCCCAGCACCCCCCUUCCAGAACAUACCCCCCACCGUAUCCCAGACACCCGUCAUUGCCGCCACCCCUGUACCAACCAUCACUGCAAACGUCACGUCAGUUCCAGUCCCCCCACCCGCCGCACCGCCUCCUCCUGCGACACCCAUCGUCCCAGUGGUCCCUCCCACACCGCCUGUAGUCAAGAAAAAGGGCGUGAAGCGGAAAGCAGACACAACCACACCCACAACGUCCGCCAUCACUGCCAGCCGGAGUGAGUCUCCCCCGCCACUUUCAGAGCCCAAGCAAGCCAAGGUAGUAGCCCGAAGAGAGAGCGGGGGUCGCCCCAUCAAACCUCCCAAGAAGGACCUGGAAGAUGGUGAGGUCCCACAGCACGCGGGUAAAAAGGGAAAACUGUCCGAGCACCUGCGGCAUUGUGACAGCAUCCUCCGGGAGAUGCUGUCCAAGAAGCACGCUGCCUAUGCGUGGCCCUUUUACAAGCCAGUGGAUGCCGAGGCACUGGAGCUGCAUGACUACCAUGACAUAAUCAAACACCCCAUGGACCUUAGCACAGUCAAAAGGAAAAUGGACAGCCGUGAGUACCCAGAUGCACAGGGCUUCGCUGCCGAUAUCCGGUUAAUGUUCUCCAAUUGUUAUAAGUACAACCCUCCAGACCACGAAGUGGUAGCCAUGGCCAGGAAGCUCCAGGAUGUGUUUGAGAUGAGGUUUGCCAAGAUGCCCGAUGAGCCCAUGGAGGUGCCUGCGCUGCCUGCUCCCACAGCCCCCAUCGUGAGCAAAGGGGCUGAGAGCAGCCGUAGUAGCGAGGAGAGCUCUUCGGACUCAGGCAGCUCAGACUCUGAAGAGGAGCGAGCCACUCGGCUGGCAGAGCUGCAGGAGCAGCUGAAAGCCGUGCACGAACAGCUGGCCGCCUUGUCUCAGGCCCCAGUGAACAAACCAAAGAAGAAGAAGGAGAAGAAGGAAAAGGAGAAGAAGAAGAAAGACAAGGAGAAGGAGAAGGAGAAGCACAAGGCCAAGUCCGAGGAGGAGAAGAAGGCCAAGGCAGCCCCAGCAGCCAAGCAGGCCCAGCAGAAGAAGGCUCCCACCAAGAAGGCCAAUAGCACAACCACAGCCAGCAGACAGCUCAAGAAGGGCGGCAAGCAGGCAUCUGCAUCCUAUGACUCGGAGGAAGAGGAGGAGGGCCUGCCCAUGAGCUACGAUGAGAAGCGGCAACUCAGCCUCGACAUCAACCGGCUGCCUGGCGAGAAGCUAGGUCGUGUGGUGCACAUCAUUCAGUCCCGGGAGCCUUCCCUUCGGGACUCGAACCCAGACGAGAUUGAGAUUGACUUUGAGACCCUGAAGCCAACCACACUUCGGGAACUGGAGAGAUAUGUCAAGUCUUGUUUACAGAAAAAGCAGAGGAAACCAUUGUCAACAAGCGGGAAGAAGCAGGCAGCCAAAUCGAAAGAGGAGCUAGCUCAGGAGAAGAAAAAGGAGCUGGAGAAGCGGCUACAGGAUGUCAGCGGACAACUGAACAGCAAGAAACCCACUAAGAAAGAGAAGUCCGGCUCAGCUCCCUCAGGAGGCCCAUCAAGGCUCAGCAGUAGCAGCUCCUCCGAGUCUGCGAGUAGCAGCUCCAGUGGGUCAAGCUCUGACAGCAGUGACUCAGAGUGAAGUUGGACUGGAACAGAGCUGGACAAAUGGACGUGGCGCACGCCGACUGCAGUGUCCCCUCCUAUGGUUAAUAUACUUUCGUUCCAUGGUGUGCAGGUUUUCUUUUACUUCAGUGUUAUGAUCUCUUCCAGCUGUGCUCCAGUAGGGCGGAGAGCCUCGCACAUGCGUGCACCAGACCCCACAAGAGGGCCGAGCUCUGCAGGGAUCCCUGCAGCUCGGGUUUAGUUGUGUGGAGACUGCGCCUGGGAUGCUAACCUGAUGGCCAUAGACAGGGUGGGCUGGAGGCGGGGCUGGACCUGCCCAAUCCCUCCUCAGGCCCAGCCUCUCUCCCUUCAUAAAUUGAAGGAAGCUUUUCAAGGGUAUUUCUCUGGAAUGGGUUCUGUGUUUCAAAGGUAUUAGAACACUAACCAGCAGGUUACUUCUCUCCGCAGGGGCUGAAGACAUGUGUCAGCCCAUGGGGACCUACCCGGGCCCUAGUGGAGGGUCCUGGUAGCUGCAAACCAGAGCCUCAUGCCUGUGGGUUGGGCAUGGAGGAAAAGGGGUGCUGAGUUUUCUGGUCCUUUGGCUGUGUGUGCAGCGUGCAGAUUUCGGAACACCGAAACUUUUACCUCAACUUAAGGGAAUAAAAACAAACAAAAAAAGAUUAAAAAAAAAAACUUUUUUGUAAAUUCAUCCAUUUUCUACAGAAGUCCAGCCCAGCGUCCCCACUUUGCUAGCGCUGCCCGGCUGUCGUCGCCUAACGCUCUGAACCACUUC